CGACCAAAUCCAAAUUAAAUUAAGACUGCCAGAUGGACUCCACAAGUAGCCAUGACCAGAAUAAAGUUACCUUGGGCCAAAGCGACGACGAGCAGUGGUCAAUUGAAGAUGACACUCUUUUCCGGGCUUGUGGAUUGAUCAGCGUCAGUGCGGCGCCUUCCUGCAAGUCUGUGUUUAUUACAUGGAAUGAAUUGUAUUUGCUAAAUUUUCGUUUCAAGAAACCAAAAGGAUCGAACAAGGUGAAAAUGACUAGAGUACGAAUUCCCCUGCCCACGAAUAAAGGAAACCAUCUACGCAGCAUACACACCCUGAAAUAUAAUACAAUAUUGCUAAUGUCGGACGGCCAGAUAUAUUGCUUUGGGUCGAUCAAAGCCUUCCACUCUGUUAGCUGGCUGACUGGAGUGAGAUGCUUCGCCCCAACAGAUCAGGGCUUUAGCGUGAUUCGCGAGAGUGAGCAGCGCCUGUUGCUAGAGACCUACCUGGAUCUUCCUGGCUUGGAGACGGCUGAAAGUACUCUGCAGCACACCUUCGAUAUAACCUAUGAUGAACAGAAUAUAUUCCAGUGCGACUGGAAAAACGACUUAUACACCUUGACUACACUGAAAGUCUCUGAUGAGGCGGAACAUUUCAUGCAGCGCUUGUUUGGAGCCAACAACGUGGUCAAGCAGCAGUAUGUACAUAUUUUCAGCAUAGCUGGACAUGUAUUUGCCUUGGCUUCCGAUACACAGGCUGAGGCAGGCUACCACAUUGAACUUCUUUGUGUCUAUGCUGCCUCUAUUCACUUUAUACGCAUUCUGCCUCGCCAGAAUCUCUGUUUGGUCAUUCUGAGCAGCGGCAGCGUGGACAUAUGGUACGUGUCAAAACUAUUGGGCAUUAAGCAGCGCCAGAUGCAUCACACAGGCUCGGAAUGGCUGGACUAUGACCUUGAUGCCACCAGUGAUAACGGGGCCUUAUAUUACACCAAUGGAGAGCAGUUAGUGCGGCUGAGAGUUAAAUAUAACGCCCAGCUAGACGAGUGCCUUGUUCAGAGCGCGGCCAAAUCUGUGCCCGGCAUACAGGCCUGCACUUGGGAAAACCACAGCGAGCAAUUGGUUUGUCUCAGUGAUAACAACAUGUUCUACCGCAUUGAUUUUUGUGGAGGCGAUGUGGAAGCGGCCAAGAAGACUACAUCCUUGAUGAGUGAUUUUACGCCAGCAGCAAUACAGCGACUGCGACAAAAUACCCAUGAGUUGGAGAAAUAUAAAAGGCAGCCAGUCCUUUUGCAGUUGGCCAUACAGAAGGAGUAUCUAAAACAGCAACUGGUAGCGGUGGGCAGAAAUAGGAAAUGGAUUCUUGGAGGCUGCAAGGCUUCAUUAGAAUUUCAUCGGCAGAUACCUCUUUGUCCAGAUGCUGUUAUGCUCGUGCAACCAGCUCAGGAGUUGGGUAUUCAUAGUUCUUGCGUUUAUGCCAUUUUCAAAUUAAGUCUUGGCAGCUGUGAGCAACUGCUAAUGCAUAGCACCCACUGGCAGCUAUUGGUGUAUUAUGACCAUCAGGCCCAUGUUCAUGUAUUGCCAGCAGAUCUUUUAAAUAGAAGGUGUAAUUUAAUAGUUUCUUUGAGAAAGCUAAGAAACGAACGUCUGCCUGAUUUUACACUGCAGUUGCUUGCUUUUAUUGAAUUGCAUGGUCAAUUGAGUGCUGUGCUUCUACCCAUUUUUGUUGAAGAAAAUCCGUCCACCUACAGCGCCCUUUUUGGCGGAAGUGUGAGUGUGUCGGACAUAAACGUACGGUCCGAUAAUGAACUACCGAUAUUCAAUAAAAAGAAGUGUCCAACGAUUUGUCAAAAGAUUCGAGUACCUAAUGAUUUCACUCUGAAGCAAACGGCAAAUCUGUUCAAUGCCGCUGGUAAUUUUAAGAAAUCUCUCUUAGAACUAUUUUUCAUAGAUAUCAAGCUUUGCCUACAUAGGAGUACAGAGGAUAGGGACGAAAUGAAUGUACCUCUAACACUUCAAUGUGACGAUCCCUCUGCCAUUUACUAUUUCAAGCGCCAUCUACUUUUAAAUAUGGAUCAAUUGUAUACUGAGAGAGAUUAUACAAUAUUAAAUCAAGUUAUGAAAUUUCAAUGUGAAACUGAACGUUUAUAUGGUACGCAAGGCGGAGAUGGGUCGGACUGUGGAACUAAUAUUGGAUUGCGAUUGGAAUCGCAAUAUACUGCCAUUAGAAAUACAAUUUUUUAACCAUUUGAAAAGAGCAUGUUUAAUAAAAAAAAUAAUUAUAAUAUAAAUCA